AUGAGCGAAUACAAAAUGAAACAAGAACCCUUGGAUACAUUACGAAUCGCUAUAGAGGAAUCUAAGAUAUCUAUUUCCAAAAAACGCGGAUCAAAAUGCAAGCCGCGUGAAUCUUUACCUGAGAAAAAUGUCUCGAAAAAAUCAAAAACGAUCGCAUCUGACGUUAGUACCACUACAUCCACUCUUACUUCUAAUAAAGAAUCAAGUACCUCUAAAAUUGGGAGGAAACCCUCUAGCGCAUGGACACCCGAGCAGGAUAAUCAACUUAUCGACGCGGUACUUUCUCAUCUUGUCGAGGUUCCUUGGGCGGCAAUCGCGUCAGAAAAGUUCCCGGAGCGUGGUCGUGGUGGUUGCUAUAAUCGUUGGCAAACGUUGAAAAAAAAAAUGUACGCUGUUAAUACUGAUAAUGUUAAAGUGAACCCGUAA